UGCCCUCCACCGGCACCAUCGACGAUAGACUCGGACUUCAUGCAGAAUUCAUCUGACUCCGAGGACGACCCCGACUACAUACCGCCAGCGGACGAUGACCCGCACUCGUCUGAUGACGAGCCGGACGCGAAGCGUGCCCGUGUUAGCAGUCCAACGGAGGAGGAUCAAUAUGAGGACAAGAGAAAACGAGAUGCGAUAUGGGCAGAGUUUCAGGCCUCUUUGACGACGCCACAGCCCAAGACAUCCGACUCCUCGGCACCUUCGCCAAUGGUGAAGAUCGAGAAGCGGUAUCGGUUUGCGGGAGAGGAUGUUGUGGAGGUGACGGAGGUACCCGAGGACUCCGACGAGGCGAGGAAGUGGCCGCGAUGGCAGCCCCCACCAGAGCAGAGCGGCCUCAGCGGGCCCAGCACUGCAGUCCUCCCCAAAGCAAAAGCAGAAGCAUCGCAGGAGACUGCGGCGUCAGGCUCUGCACCACCGACGCCGUCAGCUUCUACCACAUCCAAGCCACCAGCAAAACGGCCAGGGCCUCGAAAGCCCAAGACGACACUAGCACCGCUACCUGGUGCGCAGAAGGCAAAGAAGCUCACUACGCUCGACAAAUCUGCGAUGGACUGGCGUACUCAUGUGCAGACGGAAGGUCGGUCUGAGCUCAAGGACGAACUUGAGGCUAACCGUCGCGGGGGUGGUUACCUCGAGAAAGUGGAGUUCCUGCAGCGAGUCGAGGAGCGAAAGGCGGACGCGUUGGGUGCCAGCACGUUCAAGCGACGUAGAGGUUGACCUACUAUGCAUUGGCGGAGCUCCUUCACAGUCAUACCUUGGCUACUCACUACGCCUCUGGUUUGGUAGCUUGUUAUUCAUGAUUGUAUUCUACUGCGUACUGAGUUACUGGGC